AUUGGAGAAGCAGUUUUAGCCUAUCUUCAUACUGUACUGUCUUUGAUAUAAAUACCAUGGAUGAGAUAUGAAAAAAAGUUAAGGCCCACGAUCGCCAUCUAGUGGAGAACGGGUUAAUCGUGUUGAAGUCCUUUGCCAGUACCGUCGUAUAUAGAAGUGCUUCAUCUCUAUUACAAUACGGCAACUUGCCCUUACUUGUGAAAUCAGACAUGGCGUCCUCAUUGAUUUGCAGUAAAACACAGAGCAGAGUAAGCUCGGUUUUAAACAGAGAUGUCAAGCAAUUUGGGAAGAAGUACAUGUUUGACUCAAAUGAAGAAACUUGCUGGAACUCUGACCAGGGUGAUUCUCAGUGGGUUACUCUGGAAUUCCCACAGCCCGUCAGAGUGUCAGAAUUAAAGGUGCAGUUCCAAGGAGGCUUUUCAGGAAAAACAUGCAGAUUGGAAGGAAGCCCAAAAGAUGGAGACUUGGCAAAAAUCACACAUUUUUACCCCGAAGACAACAGCUCACUACAAAGCUUUCCCAUUCAGGAGGCCCCCAUGGUGCACAGGCUAAAAAUAGUGUUUGAGAACAGUGCCGACUUUUUUGGGCGAGUAAUAGUUUACUCCUUGGAUGUCCUGGGAGAAAGAGCUUUGUGACGUUUUUGUUUCUGCAUGAGAGAGAGAGAGACCUAUAGGGAAAGAGGGUGUAGUGCCAUUGAAUAACAUGACUGCUGGAAGACUCUACCACCCACAUGAACUGUUUGGAAUGGGAACCAGACUGACUAUUUUUGGUGAGGACAUUUUUUAGUUGGUCACCUGCUUGCAUCACAGAAACAACAAGGGGAAAAAUGAGGACUUGGCUCAAACUCUAAAUCAGGAUUUUUAUUGCAGCUUUACAGGCUUUAAGGUCACGCAACCACAUGCCUAUUCAAAUUUGCUUGUGCCUUAUUUGAUUUGCCAUUCCAAAUGAACAUCAGAAAAUGUGUAUGCAUUUUGUUUUUGUUUAUUUGUUUACAAUCCACUUUUUUAUAGAUAUUUAAACUUAGUAUGAUUGUCGUAAGAAAAAUCAAUAUAAACAUUUCCUUAAUAUACAAAACAUUUUGAAUAAAUGUUCAAGAUAGGAACCGCAGUGGCCCUUAACGUUGGAGCUUCUGUUCCAAGUGUCUUCGCUACCAACCUCCUUUUGUGGCUUCAGUCUUUUGGUCAACCAUCUCAUCACGGAUGCCAACAGGGGGUCCUCUGUUCAGCACUAAGUGCUUGACAAUGUCCUCUCCAACCACAUCCUGGUGUCCUUAACUGGUGUCAUGCUUUUUUCUUCAGGAGUUUCUGAAACAAAACAUGAUUUACAAAACUGUGGUUUAUUUUUGCCAGGGGAAAAAAAGAAAGAGGGUGCUUACCUUUUUUGUGUCCGAGGGCGACAGCUAGUGCCAUUGGACUAUACCCAGAAUCUGCCUCAAUGUUAAUGUCUGCCCUUUUAUCUGAAUUAAAAUCACAUGACCAUA